UCUUUCUGCCUAAAAGUAUGUAAGUAGACAGUUUUCUUAGUUUCCAACGGAUGGCAAAUUUGUAGUAAAUGCGUUAACUAAAUUUUUGUAAACUCUAAGUGACUUUCUUUCUACUGAAAAAAUAGGACUUGUGGGUAAAACUGAAGGGUUUGGCAAAGUGCACAAGGCCAAGAUAUGAAAUGAACGUCUUCUCGUACCCGUUCAGUUUGUGCCUGGUGAAAGUAACGCAACCUACGACAUCGGUCAAAUGGCUUCUGGCGAUGCUAUCAACUCCAUUGAUCAGGAUCUAUCAAGCACGUCCAAUACUAAAACGGCAGAUAAUUCAAAUUUUAUUAAAGAUGAUCCAAAUCUUCAGUCUUCAAGUUCAGAUAUUAAUCCGCACCGCCAAUCUCGUUAUGGAAACAAAGGGGACAAGGAGCGCAAGAUUGGGCAUCGGCGCGUUGGAGAAGGUGGGGAGAUCACCUAUAAAAAAAUUCAAACCAGCCAGAUAAUGGGCUCCAUCCAGUUGGGCAUACAACACACGGUUGGCAGCCUGGCAUCUAAACCGAAACGUGAUCUUCUAAUGAUGGACUUUUUCGAAAUUGAAAGUAUUACUUUCCCCCCAGAAGGAUCAAGUCUUACACCAGCCCACCACUACAGUGAAUUCAGAUAUAAAAUUUAUGCGCCUAUUGCAUUUCGGUAUUUUAGGGAUUUGUUUGGAAUACAACCGGAUGAUUUUAUGAUGUCCAUGUGCUCAGCACCGUUGAGAGAGUUAUCCAAUCCGGGUGCUUCUGGUUCGAUAUUUUAUUUGACGGCUGACGAUGAGUUCAUAAUUAAAACUGUGCAACACAAAGAAGGAGAGUUUUUGCAAAAACUUUUGCCUGGCUACUACAUGAACUUGAAUCAAAAUCCGCGUACGUUGUUGCCAAAAUUCUUUGGUCUAUACUGCCUACAAACGAGUACUAGUAAAAACAUUCGAUUGGUUGUUAUGAACAAUCUCUUGCCCUCAUCAGUUAAAAUGCAUUUGAAAUAUGAUUUAAAGGGAUCGACGUUCAAGAGAAAAGCUUCAAAAGCGGAACGUUCGAAAAAAUCACCAACCUAUAAGGAUCUCGACUUUAUGGAACAACAUCCAAAUGGUUUGUUUCUGGAAGCUGAAACAUAUAGCGCACUUAUUAAGACAAUUCAACGCGACUGCACGGUGUUGGAAUCAUUCAAGAUUAUGGAUUACUCGCUUUUAGUUGGGGUACAUAAUUUGGAUCUGGCGAGUAAAGAAAAGAAAAGCGAAAGUAAAAGAACAAAAGCACCGCUAGCCGAGGAUUCCGAUGUUGAUGAGGUUGAUGGCGAUGGAGCUGCUGGGGGAUCAGAAGGUCGCGAUAGAAAUUCAUCAGUGGGCAUGAAUCGGAAUAAAUCAACAAAUCGACAACGUUUAGUGGCGCAUUCUACAGCCAUGGAAAGCAUUCAAGCCGAGAGCGAGCCCAUUGACGACGAGGAGGAUGUUCCACCCGGUGGCAUUCCUGCCAGAAGUGAAAAGGGUGAACGCCUCCUACUCUUCAUCGGUAUAAUUGAUAUAUUGCAGUCUUACAGAUUAAAAAAGAAGCUUGAGCAUACCUUCAAGAGCAUCAUACAUGAUGGGGACACUGUAUCAGUGUGCCGGCCAUCAUUUUAUGCUCUAAGAUUCCAAAAUUUCAUGGCCAAAACCGUAUUUCGAAAAAUACCGUCGUUGGAUUUACCGGAAAUUAAAGGAAAUCAUAGAAAAUUUCGUACAUUGGUAACCAGUUAUAUCGCACUCAAGCACUCUCCUUCAAAGAGGAAAAGUUUAUCGAAAGCAAUACAGCGUUCUAUUGAAAGUGAGAAUGAAAAUCGCUCGGAAGGCGCCGUUGAGCAUCGGCCAGCGUAUCCAUCACACACUUCCGGCACCAAGUCGCACACACAAUCCAGUAAGCCGUCAGUUGGACUGAAGUCUUCUGGUACUGAUGUACCCACAUCGACUACAUCGCCCGCUUCCACAACCACCGCAGCGCCAAUGGUUGGUCCGCGAUUAUCUAUUCAUCAUGCGGGCGGCGGUGCGUCAAAGUCAAAGGUCCCUCCACCUGUGCCACCCAGAGGUUCACCUCGCCGGAAGAAGAGUGAUGGUCAUAACGAAGUCGGCCGCGCUAUUUCCCAUACAGGCUCAACACCUUCUUGCAGUUCAACGCCUCCACCCGCGUUUGAUGAUAUCUCUGAAGACAGUUCGAAUAGAAAUAGUUCAUCAUUUGGUAGGAAAUCGCAAUAUUCUCACGAGCGUAAAAUGAAUGUCGGUCCAGCAUAUCGGGGCUCUCAAAAGGACGAUAUCGUCAGCAUUUCUGAAAUACACUUAGACACAUAUUUGGCUGUAGAUACAUCAUCCAGUAGUCAAUAUGGAUCUCGUGGGGGAUUGGCGUGGACACCGCCAGCUUCUGGAGAGGGGUCGACACCCACUUGGACAGAGGGAACGCCAAGUUUUACAGAUUCCAGCUCCAGCGGUGAUAUUGAGAACUUCUCACCAAUUAACACAUCCAAAAUUGACCGACAUAAAGCAACUGUGGAAGACACACUCAACUCCCUUUCAUCCGAAAUGGUUCGAUAUUAACUAAAUAAGUAGGAGGUGGAAUGAUGGAGAUAGCGGGAAGAAUGGACAGAUCUGUGCAAUACUCUUGGGUGGCAUUGUGCACCAGCUGAGAGGACGAUUAAUCAAUUCUAUACAAGAACAUACGCAUUGCAUAUUUGACUCCUUAUUAAUGUUAUUAUUAAGGUUUGUUAACCUCACACUUCAAGGAUGCCAGUGAUUACAAAAUAAGUUCAUUGCAGUACUAUAUGCAUAGAUGCUUACAAACAUAAAUACAUACAUACAUAUACAUAAAUAUAUGCUAAAAUCCUAAAGAAAACAGAAAAGUUUGUGAACUGACGCGGAUAAGGUUAGAGUGUUUAAAACGCAUAUACACACAAAUAUUACCAUUUGCAUAACUCCUCUAAUCUUCCACACUUUUCUUUUUCUUUUUGUCAGUUUUUCUAUUCUGUCCCUUCCUCCUAAAUAUGAAGUAAAGAAAAUCUUUCAAAUGUAUAGAUAAAUGCUAAUGCAAUAACAAUAAACUGAUUUUGUGUUAGAUUUUGUGCACUCACAGACAUAAUAUUCUGAUAUAGAAUGAUUUCAACAAAUAUGUACAUAUAUACAUAUAUAAAUACAUCAGCUUACCCACAUGUAGUUAAUAAAUAUACUAUAUGUACAUGUAUAUACAUAUAUAUCAUACAAUAAAGACAUAAUAUCUAAAACAACAAUAUUCUAUAUAUACAUAUAUAUAAAUAUAUAACUUCAAUUAAAAGCUUAUUUAAUAUUUAAUAGCAUACACAUGUAUGUAUGUCCUGUGUAUCCCUUAUAUAUGCAAAUAUUCAACUGUUUUGGACUCUCUAAAGGUGACGAAAAUGUAUACAUACAUACAUAUGAAUAAAGCAUGCAUUAAAGAGCAAUACAUACAUACUAACUUAUUACAUAUAUUUAUAUAAAAAUUGAAGAGCAAAUUUAAACAUUAUGAUACAAUAACUUAAAGUUCAUUACGCAAGCAUUGUACAAGUAUUGUAUUUAUUUUAAUUAACUAAUCAAUGUGUAUACAAACAAAUUGUCGAAUUCAUCAUUGUGUUUAAAUAUCCUACUUAAUAAAUUAGCUAUUGUUACAAAUAUAUAAGUAUUUGCAAAAAUGUAUGUACAUAUAUAAGCCUAAAUUAUAAAUAUUUUAAGA